GGAAGUGAGAUCAGAGGCCCCAUGUGAGCGGAUUGCAACACAUGCAGCUGCCUGGAGAGAGGGAGCCGGUGUCCUACGUCAGAGCCGCCGCCGCCGCGGAGCCGCCGCCGGGGAGGAGCAGCCGCUACCGCCCAGGACUGGGCCCUUAGGGAGGAGGAGGCGAGAAGAUGGCGGACGACCCCAGUGCUGCCGAUAGGAACGUGGAGAUCUGGAAGAUCAAGAAGCUCAUUAAGAGCUUGGAGGCGGCCCGCGGCAAUGGCACGAGCAUGAUAUCGCUGAUCAUUCCUCCUAAAGACCAGAUUUCACGAGUGGCAAAAAUGUUAGCAGACGAGUUUGGAACUGCAUCGAACAUUAAGUCACGAGUGAACCGCCUUUCUGUCCUGGGAGCUAUCACAUCUGUACAGCAGAGACUCAAACUUUAUAACAAAGUACCUCCAAAUGGUCUGGUUGUUUACUGUGGAACAAUUGUAACAGAAGAAGGAAAGGAAAAGAAAGUCAACAUUGACUUUGAACCUUUCAAACCAAUUAAUACAUCAUUGUAUUUGUGUGACAACAAGUUUCAUACGGAGGCUCUUACAGCACUGCUUUCAGAUGACAGCAAGUUUGGUUUUAUUGUAAUAGACGGCAGUGGUGCUCUUUUUGGCACGCUCCAAGGAAACACCAGAGAAGUCCUGCACAAAUUCACUGUGGAUCUCCCAAAGAAACACGGCAGAGGAGGUCAAUCAGCCUUGCGUUUUGCCCGUUUAAGAAUGGAAAAGCGACAUAACUAUGUUCGGAAAGUAGCAGAGACUGCUGUGCAGCUGUUUAUUUCUGGAGACAAAGUGAAUGUGGCUGGUCUGGUUUUAGCUGGAUCAGCUGACUUUAAAACUGAACUAAGUCAAUCUGACAUGUUUGAUCAGAGGUUGCAAUCAAAAGUUUUAAAAUUAGUUGAUAUAUCCUAUGGUGGUGAAAAUGGAUUCAACCAAGCCAUUGAAUUAUCUACUGAAGUUCUCUCCAACGUGAAGUUCAUCCAAGAGAAGAAAUUAAUAGGGCGAUACUUUGAUGAAAUUAGCCAGGACACAGGCAAGUACUGUUUUGGAGUCGAAGAUACACUAAAGGCUUUGGAAAUGGGAGCUGUAGAAAUUCUAAUAGUCUAUGAAAAUCUGGAUAUAAUGAGAUACGUUCUUCAUUGCCAAGGCACAGAAGAGGAGAAAAUUCUCUACUUAACUCCAGAACAAGAGAAGGAUAAAUCUCACUUCACAGACAAAGAGACUGGACAGGAGCAUGAACUGAUUGAGAGCAUGCCCCUCUUGGAAUGGUUUGCUAACAACUAUAAAAAAUUUGGAGCUACACUAGAAAUUGUCACAGAUAAGUCACAAGAAGGAUCACAGUUUGUGAAAGGAUUUGGUGGAAUUGGAGGUAUCUUGCGGUACCGAGUAGAUUUCCAGGGAAUGGAGUACCAAGGAGGAGACGAUGAAUUUUUUGACCUUGAUGACUACUAGGUAGUCGACAUGGGUCCGGCAACAUGUGCCUCACCCUCCAGCAUUCGACCCAAGGAGCAUACCCGUGGUGGAGUCCAAACAGAUCCCUGCCUUACAAUUGGAGCAUUUCCAGAACUUAACCCGUGAGCAUUGGAGACUGAUGACAAAAGGGAAACAAAAGCAGCCCCAACCCACACUUUGGCCUGUCAUGGCGUCAGCGCAGCAGCCACAACUAAGUUCCUAAAUGCCACUUCGGACUAACUUAAAAACGAAUCCCAGUUUUUACUUUUACUUGAUGGUAAAAUUGGUUGCUCUUGUAUUUUAUGAAAAAAAUGAUUUUUUUAACCUUCAUACAUAGAAGCAAAAAUACUUUAACUGCUGUAAACCUUCAAAAGUUAGUAGAAGUGAGAUCAUACUGGUUUGUUUCUUACUUUGAUCGGAGAAUAACUCAAUUGCUGCAUUUCGCAGUGACCCAUUUACAUGGCAUUCUCAGACUAGACUGCACAAGCAGAAAUAUAUGUGGUGAAAUAUUGGAACUGUUUCUCUCUUGGUCUCUGUUUAAUGUUGAAAGGGUGAGCUGAUAGGAGGCCGUUUUGGCCUCACUCCCUCACUUCCCACUCCCAGACUGUUUCAAAGGUGCAGGUUGACGAAAAGUCAAACUGAGUGCUGGAACCCGGGGCCAGUGCGCUCCUGACUUCCAUCUCUUUGGAGGCACAUCUGUGCCACGCAUUUGGGAGCCCUUGGUGUCACUGACGUUAAUGAAGCUGCUGUGAUCUCAGCCUACUAGAAACCAGUUGGGGAUGGACACAAUGGGGCUUCUGUGCUAUUGCUGGGAUUGGAGAAAUAAAACAUGCAACUUUAGUGGAACCAAAAAAAAAAAAAAAAAAUUCAAAGGUGAUUUUGCUUGGAUCUAUUCUUGAUAAAGGGAGGUGGUCGUGUUUCCUUGUGUUGGAUGGCAUGAGAUUAUGUGAAUGUUUUGAUUUUUUUUUUUUUCCUUUCAAAUGAACUGCAAGAUUUUUCACAGGAACGACAGACAAGACAUGUAUGACUGUGCAUGUUUCUCGAACCCCUGGUGGGGCUGGAGCAUCUUUUUCAAAAGUGGGAUUUAGAAGCACCUCUCAGAUGAGAAAGUAUGGGAGGAGGGUGGGGAGGGCAGGGGUGGGGAGGGAUGGAACACAGUUUCUGGCACCGUGGAUUAAACCAUGUUAGAUCCAAAAGUUGGUGUACAAGGUCAUGGUGUGCUCAAGGUGCAACAGCAAAUGAGUGUAGGAUGUGCCCAGUGGUAGCGAUGGGGAAGUGUACCAAGUGGACUUUUAGGACCAAAGGUUGUUAAAGUCGAUUGGUAUCACACACACUCACCAGGGUGGUGGGGUACAUUGGGCAUCAAAUUGGGUACUUUUAACACUUUAGUGCCUGACUGCUGUUCUUCACUGACUUGACUCAGUCACUUGUAGCUUUAUUGGUCUGAACCAGCUCCUUGUUCCCAGGUUACAGACCUGCCUAUCGUUCCAAUAAUCCUGUCUCACUUGAAUGGAGGGAGUAUGUCUGCAAUGUCAAACUUCUGGUUCUCACACUGUACUCUGAGGUCCAAAUGACUGUCUGUCGUGUAACCUGAUGUCUCAACCCCCCGUGAGAAGAGUCGAUCCUUUGGUGUUCACCAACAUGGGAGGCUUCACCAGAACAGGCUUUUGCUUUGGGCUCUGCUGUUGGUUUGCAGAACACCCAAGAGCAAGCAAACACACUCUUCCCAGCAGUACCUUAGGGUUUUGCCAUUGUAAAUGGGUCUAAUGUGAGAUGACAAGACCAGAGAAAUUGGAUGUAAAUUUACAUUUUUGAAUAUGCUUGUUGUUUCACAUGAUACAUUUAGGGUAUGCAGCUCCUUUUGUAGUUUUUAUUUUUACUAUUUAAGUUUGGAAAUGAUGCCAAAUUUUUGUAUUUCUUUAAUCAAUGUGUUCUCCUUGGUGAUAUAUAUUGCAUUAUAUAUUGAUGUGUGUAUCAAUAUAUACCGAUAUGUGUUACACUUACGCAUACAAACACACAUAAGUGAGAGGGGUAAAACCGUAGCCUGCACUCCCUAGCCUCUGCAGAGAGACCCUAAGAGCAGAAUCUCGGUGUUGUGAUGUACAGAAAUGGAGAAGAGUAUUAAACCAUAUUUAAGACUA